AUGUCCGCUGCGAACGAAAAAGAUGAUGAUGGUAUGAACCUCAAAAAGGUGGGUUUUGCAUUGUUUUAGGUAGUGUAAAAAUGGAAAGUAAUUGAUUUGUUGUUGUAAAAUGAGGAUUUUUUCGGUUUUUAAAUGGCUGGUAGAUUUGAAAAGGGGAGGGGGGGUUUGGCUUAUUAGGCCCGGUCCCUUUGCUUGUCUAAUGGGUAAUUGGGUUGGAUAGUUUGAAGAAGAUUUUGAAAAAAAAAAGUUAUUUUGAUCUAAAAGUUAAUUUAAAAAAUGUUGUCGAACUUUAUCGGUUUGUCUACAAUGUUUGGCACAAUACGUAAAGUAAGAAAUUUCAUUAUUAUUGAUCAUAGAGUAAAUUUCAUUUUGAAAAAAUGUUUUUUUGAACUGUUCAUGCUCAAAUUAAAAAAAAAUUUAUAGGUAGUGUGUUUUAGAAAAAAAAGUUCAAAUAUUUUUAAAAAUUAUUUUUUGUGGGUAUAUAGGAUUUUCAAUUCUAAAAUGCAACAACGUAUUUUAAGUUGAGUUAUAUGUACUAAAAAGUAUGCUACUGUCAGUGCCGGAUGGGGACUUUUGGUCUGGCGGCGGGGGUCUCUCCCCCCCUGGCUACUGUCUACAGUAAUAUCAUAAAGUUUGUCAUGUAAUUUAUUGAUUUCAGGACGCGGUGAUAGCCGGAAACAAUGGUGAAUACACUAUCAUCAAACUUCUUGGAGAAGGUGGCUUUGGUAAGGACUUUCCGGGGGGGGGGUAGAAUUGACAUAAAGUAGGCUUAGAGAUACUGAAUUGUCUCUAAAUUUAUUUUUCUUUUUUUUAAUUUAAAAUUAAUUUUUUAAAAAAUUUUUUUUUAAUUUAAAAUUUUUUUUUAAAUUUUGAACAAAAAUUUGAAUUUCAGGCGCAGUGUACUGCGUGAAAGCGACGGACGGAAACGAAUACGCGAUGAAAGUUGAGAAGAAAUUACUGAAACGAAAACAUUCCAAACUCAAAAUGGAAGUGGCGAUCUUGAAGCUGGUGGGUGAGGAGAAGGAGACCGUCCACUUUACCAAGAUUAUCGACCGCGGCAAGAAGGAGCAGUACUUUUUUUUGGUAAUGGAGCUGGUAGGGCCCUCGCUGGACGAUAUGAAGCGGACUAGACCACACAAGGUGUUCUCAUUGCCGACUGGUUUAAAGGCCGGGAUUCAGUGUCUGAAGGCGGUGGCGGCGCUACACAAACAUGGAUUCAUUCACAGGGAUCUGAAGCCGGCCAACUAUGCUCGGGGGCUUAACGACAAGCGGACUGUGGUGGGUUUGAAAUUUUGAUGUUAUAGUAGUUUAAAAAUUUUAAUUUACGACCGGUUUAGAGUUGCAAAUUUUGUUUUCUGAGAAAGGAGGCGAGAGACUAAACAACUUGAUUUCAGGUCUACCUCCUCGACUUUGGCAUAGCACGUUGCUACAAAAACAUGGCAGGUGAUAUCAAAACCCCACGCUCAUCAGUUCCCUUCAAAGGCACGGUACGGUUUGCCUCCAGAAGUUGUCAUCGCAACAAAGAGUUGGGUCCAAAGGAUGACUGUGAGUCAUGGUUCUACCUCCUCCUGGACCUUAUCAUUGAGACUGGACUACCGUGGAAGAAGUUUGCCGACCGUGACAAGGUGAUCCAAUGCAAGGACGAGAUGAGAGAGAACGAGAGUCGGCGGAAGAACUCCCUCUUUUACAACAUCAAACACACGGACUACUUUGACAAGGUAUUGGAGUACCUGGACAGCCGGACCUAUGCCGACAAGAUUGACUACGAGUUUCUGUAUGAGGCGGUGACUUUGGUAAGGGAUUUGAUGUGGUUUUGUUUGGGAGGAUAAGGUGAGGUAGAAAAAUCUUAAAAAAUUAUUUUUUUUUGGGCGUGGGGAGGGGUAAGGUAGGGGAGAAAAAAAAUUUAAAAGAAUUUUGGGGUUGGGGGUAAGGUAGGGUAGGGUAAAAAAAUUGAAAAGAAUUUUUUUAGGGGGGCGUGGAGCAAGGUAAGGUGGGGUAGAAAAAUUUUUAAAAACGGGUUUUUUGGAGGGCGGGCUAAUGUAGGGUAGAAUUUUUUGUUUGUUUUGUUUAAAAAUGGUUUAAUAUUGACUUUACUUUAGACAGGAGUGAGAUGCGGAGCCAACAUGGACGCGCCAUACGAUUGGGACAAGGACUCGGCCACGCGUACCAGCACUACACAGGCCACCGUAACCACAGGCGGCAAUAACAAAACCAAAAAAUCGUCGAAAUCAACUCAAUGUAAGGUUUUUUGAGCUGGCAUAGGCUUUCUUGACCCAAAAUUUAAAUUUUUAAAAAAUUUUUGGUGAAAUUUUAUAGCUGGACUCAUUUUUCUGAAUAUGUACAGCUUGAGUGCUAAUACAUAACUCUUUUUCGAAGUUUAAAUCAUACUAGUUUCAAAUAAUUCUGCGCUCUUUCCCAGAGCAAAUUUUUGAGUUGAUGGGGCACAUAAUUACUUGAACAACCUAAUAGAAUAGAUAUAAGAAAGGUUACAAAAAUAAGUUACAGGAUAGGAUAUGGGUAAGUAGAAAGAAAACUAUUUAAGAAAGGGGUAAGGCCAGGACUAAGGAUAAGGUCAGGGUUAAGGUAGAGUAGGAUUAAAUAGGAUAAGAUACAGAAAUACAAAGUAAGAACACGUAAAGUAAGGUAAAAUACAUUAGGAUCGGAUAAGGAAUAGAAGGGUAUGGUAAGACAAGGUAGGGUAGGGUAGGGUAAAGUAGGUAGGGUAGGGUUUGUUAGGGUAGGGUAUGUUAAAUUAGGGUAUGUUAGGGUAGGGUAGGGUAAGAUAAGGUAGGGUCGAAAUUGUUAUGUAACUAAAUGUUUUAAAAUUCGUUUUAAAAAUUAAAAUGACCUUUUUAUAUAUUUUAAUUUCAGCAAGCAACCAAAGGACGACCAAAACCAACAAACAGUCACGACAAUGCAGCUCGAGCGAGGUGUCUCCACAAUCUGACUAA